GGCGGCGCCCGUGCAGACUGGCCGGCCCGUGGACGCCUGAAAGUUCGAGCGAGUGCGAGCCUCUGAGGAGCCUCCCGUGAGCAGGUCCAACCCUGUCGGGCCCGGCGGGACGUGAGGGGAGGCUGGUGAGAUCGCCUCCCGGCCCCCCAAGCCCGGCGGAGGCUCCCGGGGUGUGAGGCUUCUCUGCAGGGCCCUCUUACCUUCUGAAGAAUGGCUCCUGCUUGGCAGAGGCUGGGCUCUCCUGCCUCCCUCCUUAUGCCAACCAUCAGCAAGUAUGGAAAGGGAAUAACAGUCUGUGCCCGAAGCAUUUAUAGUGCCACAGGGAAGUGGACGAAAGACUACACGCUCCAGACAAGAAAGGACGUGGAGAAAUGGUGGCACCAGCGGAUAAAAGAUCAGGCCUCCCACGCUUCUGAAGUGGAUAAGUCAAAGCCCAAGUUCUACGUGCUGUCCAUGUUCCCUUAUCCCUCGGGUAAGCUGCACAUGGGCCAUGUUCGAGUCUACACCAUCAGUGACACCAUCGCACGCUUCCAGAGAAUGAGAGGCAGGCAGGUCAUCAACCCUAUGGGAUGGGAUGCAUUCGGGCUGCCUGCUGAGAACGCAGCCAUAGAGAGGAAUUUACAUCCAGAAAGCUGGACCCAGAGGAACAUCGAACACAUGAGGGGCCAGCUAGAACACCUGGGCCUUUGCUUUAGCUGGGAUCGAGAAAUUACCACGUGUUUUCCAGAUUACUACAAAUGGACUCAGUACCUCUUUGUUAAACUCUAUGAAGCUGGACUUGCCUAUCAAAAGGAGGCUCUGGUUAACUGGGAUCCAGUGGAUCAGACGGUGCUGGCCAACGAGCAGGUGGAUGAGCAGGGCCGCUCGUGGCGCUCGGGCGCAAAGGUGGAGCAGAGGUACCUGAGACAGUGGUUUCUGAAGACCACCGCCUACGCAAAGGCCAUGCGGGACGGGCUGGCAGACCUUCCAGAGUGGUAUGGCAUCAAGGGCAUGCAGGCCCACUGGAUCGGGGACUGUGUGGGCUGCCAUCUGGACUUCACGUUAAAGGUUGAUGGCCGAGAUACUGGAGAAAAGCUGACAGCAUACACAGCCACCCCCGAGGCCAUAUAUGGCACCUCCCAUGUGGCCAUUUCUCCCAGCCACAGGCUCCUGCAUGGGCACAGCUCUUUGAAGGAGGCUUUUCAGAAGGCCCUGGUACCUGGCCAAGAUUGUUGUACACCGGUGACAGCCGUGAACAUGCUCACCCAGCAGGAGGUCCCUGUCAUUAUUGUGGCCAGACCUGACUUAGGAGGCUCUCUGGACUCAAAAAUAGGGAUUCCUACCACCAGCCCGGAGGAUGCUCUUCUGGCGCACACACUGGGCUUGUCCUACACUGAUGUCAUCGAAACUCUACCAGAUGGCACAGAAAGACUGUGUUCCUCUGCUGAGUUUACAGGCAUGACCCGCCAGGAGGCCUUUCUAGCCCUGACUCAGAAAGCCCGAGGGAAGAGAGUGGGCGGCGAGGUGACGAGUGACAAACUGAAGGACUGGCUGAUCUCCCGGCAGCGGUACUGGGGCACGCCGAUCCCCAUCGUCCACUGCCCGGCCUGCGGCCCUGUGCCCGUGCCCCUGCAGGACCUGCCUGUGCCCUUGCCCAGCGUCAAGUCUCUCACCGGCAAGGGAGGCUCACCGCUGGCUGCAGCUUCCGAGUGGGUGAACUGCGCCUGUCCUAGGUGCAAAGGGGCAGCCACUAGGGAGACAGACACGAUGGACACCUUCGUUGACUCGGCCUGGUACUACUUGAGAUACACGGACCCUCACAAUCCUCACAGUCCCUUCAGCCCGGCACUGGCUGAUUACUGGAUGCCGGUGGAUUUGUACAUUGGUGGAAAAGAACAUGCCGUCAUGCAUUUGUUCUAUGCGAGGUUCUUCAAUCAUUUUUGCCAUAAUCAAAAAAUGGUCAAACACAGGGAGCCAUUUCACAAGCUGCUGGCCCAAGGCCUCAUCAAGGGGCAGACAUUCCGCCUGCCGUCGGGACAGUACCUGCAGAGAGAGGAGGUGGACCUGACAGGUUCUGCUCCUGUUCACGCACGAACGAGAGAGAAGCUGGAGGUGACGUGGGAGAAGAUGAGCAAGUCCAAGCACAAUGGUGUGGACCCUGAGGAAGUCGUAGCCCAGUACGGGAUCGACACGAUUCGCCUCUACAUCCUCUUCGCUGCCCCUCCCGAGAAGGAUAUCUUGUGGGAUGUGAAGACCGAUGCCCUUCCUGGGGUGCUGAGGUGGCAGCAACGUCUGUGGUCCCUGACAACACGAUUUCUAGAGGCCAGGGCCGGUGGCACGGCGCCCCAACCUCAGAUGCUGAGCAGUCAGGAGAGAGCCGAGGCCAGCAAGAUCUGGAAGUACAAGAAUGCAGUCAUCUCUCAGGUGACUUCCCACUUCGUGGAGGACUUCUGUCUGAAUUCUGCAAUUUCUCAGCUGAUGGGACUCAGUAGUGCCCUCUUGCAAGCCUCUCAGAAGGUCGUUGUCCACAGCCCCGAGUUUGAGGAUGCUCUGUGCGCACUGCUGGUGAUGGCUGCCCCCAUGGCCCCCCAUAUCACCUCCGAGCUCUGGGCAGGCCUGGCACUGGUGCCCAAGAAACUGUGUGACCACUAUGCCUGGGAUACUGGGGUGCUCCUUCAGGCUUGGCCCACCGUGGACCCAGAGUACCUCCAACAACCUGACAUUGUGCAGAUGGCUGUUCUGAUCAACAAUAAAGCCUGCGGCAAGAUCCCCGUGCCCCAACAAGUGGCCCAGGACCCAGACAAAGUUCACGCACUUGUUCUGCAGAGCGAGCUGGGAGUGAGGCUCUUGCAAGGGAAAAGCAUCAAGAAGGCUUUCCUCUCCCCCAGGACCGCCCUCAUCAACUUCCUGGUGCAGGAGUAACCCUGGGCAGGGGCGGGCCCAGAGGAGCCUCCUUCCUUCCUUCCUUCUUUCCUUCCUUCCUUCCGGGACAGCUGGAAGAAAAGGGAAAGUCACGUGGUUGGUGAUAUUGGCUGGGCACGAGGAUAGAGGAGAGUCCAGGAAGUGCCUGGGUAUUGUGGCCUAGUGCAGGAGAGAGGGUGAACGUGGGCUAAGGAGAAACAGGGCAGAGUUCACACAGCCUUCCCUCCUCCCCCGCCUCCUGGGCAGGGUGAGGAAGCCAUCUGACUCCGUUAAAAGACACUGGAAUCUGUGGGGUGGGCUCAGGGAAGAGAAGAGGAGCGAUGCAGCCUCUCGAUCCCGGUGAUGGCGCUGCCUUCUCUUUGGACCCCUCAGACCCGGGGAGCCGCCUGACAGUCAUGCUGAGCCUCCUGAUGGCGCUGGCUGACCUCCCAGCUCGCAGGCUAAUGAGGAAACCAUUCGGGCCGCAGCCAAACAGCCAGUGUGAAGAGAUGGACACUCAGGGCCUUCCGAAAUUGCUCCGACCCAGCACUGGUAGCUUAGACCUGUAAGUGUCAGCUACUCAGGAGGCUGAGACCUGAGGAUCACAGUUCAAAGCCAGCCCAGUCACAAACGUCUACGAUACUCUCAUCUCCAAUGAACUACUCAAAAACUGCAAG